ACCCAGAGAGAAAUGGAGCUUACACAAGUUGGUUUUCUGGAAGAGUUACUCGCUUCAAGAAGAGGAGACCCAUGGAAUACUAUGUCCUCUGGCUUGAAUGAACUCUUCUCUUCUACCUCUUGGAGUUUUGACUCUUUCGAUGACAACCUUUCAGCUUUAUCUACCUUCAAUCCUCCAUUUUCUGCACUACCAGCUCCAUUUAUAGACCCCAGACUUGAAUAUAAUUCCUACCCAUUUCUUGAUGGCUUCACAGGGAACACUGUUGACUCUGCACCACCACUUCAAGCUCAUGAAGAUGAAGAGCUUGCCUUUCUGGGUUUUGAGAAUCACAGUUCUGAGGAAGGAAAUACCAACAAUAAUGCCAGUAAUUGCUGCAAAAUCGAAGAACAGGUCAUGGAAGCUCCAGUUAUCAGCAUGGGUGUGUGUUGUGGGGAGAAGAAGCCCAAAUCGAAGAGGCUAGAAGGGCAGCCUUCCAAGAAUCUCAUGGCAGAAAGAAGAAGAAGAAAGCGCCUCAAUGAUCGCUUGUCCAUGCUAAGAUCAAUCGUCCCCAAGAUCAGCAAGAUGGACAGGACAUCUAUUCUUGGAGACACCAUAGAUUACAUGAAGGAGCUUCUGGAAAAGAUAAGCAAGUUGCAGGAAGAAAUGGAGAAGGAGGGUGAAAAUAAUCAGUUGAACUUCAUGGGCAUUUCCAAGGAGGCGAAGCCAAAUGAAGUAACGGUGAGAAAUUCCCCUAAGUUUGAGGUUGAGCGGAGAGACCAGGACACGAGGAUAAAUAUCUGCUGUGCCACAAAGCCUGGAUUACUACUCUCUACAGUGAAUACCUUGGAAGCGUUAGGUCUUGAGAUUCAACAAUGUGUGAUAAGUGGCUUCAACGAUUUCACAAUGCAAGCAUCUUGCUCAGAGGUGGCUGAGCAGAGAACUUGUAUUGGCUCUGAAGAGAUUAAGGAAGCACUGUUCAGAAAUGCAGGUUACGGUGGGAGAUGCCUGUAGAAAGAAGCUAAGAAUUAGCUGUA